AUGGGUCUGAAAGAGAUCUUCACCGAGUCCACCGUGGCUCGGUAUGCCCGUGACAUCAGGGCUGCUCCUCGGCAGACCAUUCUUAGUCGUCAGAUGCUCCUCUCUGCGGCCUUGUAUGCCAUGGCUGGUGUUCCUAUCACCUGGGACCAAGGCUCUUCGUCUGUCUUGACCAACUUGCCCGGUUUCCAGGAGCACUUUAAGCUCAGCACUGGCAGGGACGCGAAGUUGAUUCGUAACUUUGUCUCCCUGGUUUAUAUCGGAUGUGGUGUUGGCGCCGGCCUCUCCUUCUUCAUCAACGAUCGUAUCGGGCGUCUCUGGUCUUUCCGACUCUACAUGUGCAUCUGGAUUGUGGGCCAACUCAUCGCUACUUUCGCGCCUGACCUGAACGCUCUGUACGCCGCGCGCAUUGUCUGCGGCCUGGGAAUUGGUCCCCUAACGGUCGUGGGCACAAUGUCCAUCGUUGAGAUCGCGCCUACUGCUAUGCGGGGCUUGCUUGCAUCGUGGUUCAGUGUAGUUAUGCUCCUCUCUCUCUUCAUUUCGACCUUUACGGUAUAUGGUGCCUACACAAACAUGGAGCCUAGCAGAUUGCAGUACCAGGUCGUCUGGUUCUCUCCCUGCGUCUUCGUUUUCCUGUGCAUCAUCUGCAGCUUCUUCCUUUGCGAGUCGCCUAGGUGGCUGUUCUUGGUCGACCGUCAUGAAGAAGGCAUUGCAACGAUCGUGGCACUCCGUGGUCUGCCUGAGAACCAUCCUGCCGUUGCCGCUGAAAUUCAGGGAAUCCGAGACUCUAUCGCCGAAGAAAAGGGUAGCUUCAACGACAACACGCAUAACACCGCUAUGGGCUCUAUUCUCAAGGAAGCCUUCACAGUUCCUGCCAAUCUGCGUCGCAUUCAGCAGUCGCUUAUCUCGUAUGCGCUUGCGCAGCUCUCCGGCGCCAACUCUGUCACCUCUUACCUCGUCCCUAUUCUCACUCUCAUGGGUGUUGGCGGCGAUACCUCACGAAGCCUUUUCCUGAGCGGCAUGUACAGCAUGGCCAAGUUCUUUUUCUGUUUGAUUGCAUCCUUCUUCUUCAUUGAUGCUCUAGGACGCCGCAAAUCUCUCUUUGUUGGCAUUAUUACUCAAAUGAUCUCCGAUAUCUAUCUCGGCAUUUACAUCAAGUAUAAGCAACAACAAGACGUCGCGAAUGGUGCAUCUCAGGCCGCUAUUGCUGCCAUUUUCAUCCAUGGUUUUGGAUACGCAGUUGGCCUCCUAAUCCUGCCAUACGUCUUUGGUGGGGAGCUGUGGCCCAACCGUCUGAGGUCCUUCGGUAGUGCCUUGUCGCAAUGCUUCCAUUGGUUGUUCUACUACGGACUAAAUGCCGCAAUGCCCAGCAUCCUUUCAUCGAUGAACAACUGGGGCGCUUUCAUUUUCUUCGCUGGCUGGUGUUUCGUUGCUCUUCUUUAUGUCUUCUUCAUGGUCCCUGAGAUUGCCGGACUCAGCAUGGAGGAGAUGGACGAGAUCUUCAAGGGAUCCUGGUUCAAUGCCUGGAGGUCUAAGCCACAGAGGCAGGAAGAAAUCCUUGCAGAAGCAGUGGGCUCCAUCUCGUAA